CUUGUGCCGCUCUCUUCUCUUUAGUGGUAGAAACGAGAGCUCCCGUUGUGUGAGCAACUCAAUCACAUCGCCUCACGUCGUUUGCGGAUUUUUCUCGGAUCUAAUUUUUGUACUUUUACGGAAGUUCACCGGGAAGCGCACUCGGUUUGGAGUUUAUAAGAAUCUGCGGGGAAUGAAAGUGGAGCGGACGCCUCAAACAAAGUAAUCAGAGGAGGAGGUAGACCUGCGUUUGAUGGCUGCUGGGGAUGGAGCCCAGCUGCCGGCCACCGUAGCGGCCAGCCGGAGCGUGGAGAAGGCGCUGGAGGAGGCUGCAGCGAGCGGGGCUCUCAACUUAUCCAACCGAAAACUGAAGGAGUUUCCCCGCAGCGCCAAGAACUACGACCUGUCCGACAUAACACACGCAGAUUUGUCUAAGAAUCGUCUGUGCGAGCUGCCGGACGAGCUCUGUCAGUUCAUCUCUAUUGAGACGCUCAGCCUUUACCACAAUGGGAUGCGUUCGUUGUCCUCCAGCCUGGGCAACCUGCAGGCCCUCACCUACCUCAACCUCAGUCGAAAUCUUCUGUCCGGUUUGCCCCCGUCGGUGUUUCAGCUCCCCCUCCUGAGGGUGCUCAUAGUCAGCAACAACAAGCUGUCUUCACUGCCCGCCUCCAUAUUCUCCCUCACUCACCUCCGACAGCUGGAUGUAAGCUGUAAUGAGCUGCAGUGUUUGCCUACAGAGCUUGGACAGCUCGAGUGUCUGAGGGACUUGAACCUGCGAAGGAACCAGAUCACCACUUUGCCUGAAGAAAUCGAGCUCCCUCUCAUCCGGCUUGAUAUCUCCUGCAACCGCAUUUCCCACGUGCCCUUGUGUUACCGCCACCUGCGGCACCUCCAGAGCAUUUCACUGGACAACAACCCCCUGCAGAUGCCCCCCGCGCAGAUCUGCUCCAAGGGCAAAUACCACAUCUUCAAGUUCCUCAACAUGGAGGCAUGCAAGAGGAGCACGGAGGAGCUGGAGAGACACCUGAGGCCCACGGGCUUCAACAGCUGCCUGUCGGACCAGGAGCUGUUCACAGGUCAGUUUGGAGGUCUGGACUCUGGAUUCAACAGCGUGGACAGCGGCAGCAAACGCUGGUCUGGAAACGAGUCAGCAGAUGACUUCUCGGAGCGCUCCCUCCGUCUGGCCGAGGUCAGCAGGGACCAGAGGAACCUGGAGGAGGAGGACGAGGAGGAGGAGGAGGAGGACAGAUCUCCUGUGGAGGCAAACAAAGUGAACGGAGAGUGCUCGGCCGUGGACUUCAUCGACAGCAGUGUGACGGAGGAAGAGGAUGAAGAGACGACGCCUCCUCCUCCUCUCACGGCACCUCCUCCUCUGGAGCAGAAGCAGAGCUCUUUAUCGCCCCCAACGCAGGACUCGUCAGCAUGCAGGUCCAGCCUCCAUGUGGAUGUCGGCCCCCCUUCAUCAUCAUCAGCCUCGUCCUUGCCCCUGUCCCCCUCCAGCCCCUCCCUGGAGGAGAAGAGGAGGCCAGGCAACCUUUCAAUCUGGCAGGAGAGAGAGCGUCUGCAGCAGCAGCAGAAAGAAAAGAGCAGCUCGCUGAAGUCGGCCACCAAAGCAGGAAGUUAUGUCACAACCGCAGCUCAGUCAGGAAGUUCCUCAGCUGGUGGCUCUCCAGAGAACAGCAGCUCACACGCAGGCCUGCGGCAGAGAUGUGCAAGCGCUGAUCAGAUGACCGCGGUGCAUCCUCUAACUCUUCUGCAACGUUCCAGCAGCAGAACAGAUUUCCCGUCGUCCCCGAAGACAUCCCCUCCCCCCGGCCAGGCUCAGAGACCAAACAGCUUCCUGUUCCGCACCUCAUCCCGCAGCAACGUCAAACCCACAGGCUUCACGCUGGGCGAGUCCGGAAGGUGCGAGUCGCGCACGAUGCUGCGUUCACCUAAAGAGGAGCGAGUGGACAUCACACAACUGCGCAAGACUCUGGAGUCUCGGCUGAAGAUCAGCCUGCAGGAGGAUCUGGGCGAGGCGUUGUCCAACGGCACCGUGCUCUGUCAGCUGGUCAACCACAUCAGGCCGCGCUCCGUCUCAAUCAUCCACAUUCCCUCUCCGGCAGUGCCAAAGCUGAGUUCAGCAAAGUGUCGACUUAACGUGGAAAACUUCCUCACUGCCUGUCGUAAGCUCGGCGUCUCUGAGACGGACGUGUGUGUGUGCUCUGAUGUGCUUCUGUGUAAGCUGCCCGCUGUGUCGCGCUGUGUGGCGGCGCUGCUGGCCGUGGGGGAGGAGAGGGGGGAGACGGCGGAGGAAGACUCCCCGCGCCACUCCUCACCUUCAUCGUCCUCCUCCUCCCUGUCCUCGUCUUCAUCGCUGCUGCCCACAGGUUUCCUCUUCUUCUACUGCGCCGCCAUGGCCCUGCUCUACGUCCUCUACUGCUACCUGUUCACCUAGAGGACACACACUUACUGAACACACACACACACACACACACACACACACACACACACACACACACACACAC